CGGCGUUAUGUCAACAUUCUCCACACGGAACACAGAGAUCUGGUCCCGCUAACACAUUCCCCAUCCCGGUACGUACAGGGCGCCGGAGUCUACAGGAAUCGUCUGCGGGAACAUACGUAUACCGGACCAUCCCUGGCCAAGCUAUGGAGGAAUUGCCGCCCAACUGGGCAGAGGGCUAACUCCUACUUGGAAGGUUGAUGUUAUUUUUUUUACUCGUCUAAAGAACAAGACUGCAGUUGAAAUAUCCUGAUUUGAAGGACUGUUUCUAUACGGACUACGUGUUUUUAGAAGGCUGAGUAAGGAUUGCCAGUCGCCAUGGCGGAAAGUAUAGACACAAGAGGAACUUUUCACCAAGUAGAACCUUUUGAAGACAGCGGAGCAGAGACUUCUGUAGCCAUUUUGGAACAAUUAGAAUGGGAAGAAGAGCAGAGAAGACAAAAGGAGAGAGGAAGAUGCCGGUGUCAUUGGAAAUACCCGUGUACCAUCCCUGGGAUCGUGAAAAUCGUGGAAAUGAUCCUGGAUAUGAUCGCGUUCCUCUGUGUCGCGUGUUCUGAUUGGUACGCCGACUUCCACUCGACCUAUCGCUUCUUCGAGUUCGUUUCUAUGACGACGUUCUGGAUCACCUUGACGCUGAUGGUGCUGUACAUCACCCUGACUAUCUUCAUGUGUCCGAUCAACUGGUCACUCUUCGAGUUUAUUUACUGUUGUAUAGCAGUUAUCCUGUACAUCUUCGCCUCGUGUUUCCUGGCCGCAAGAGCGUACAACAUUGGAGGACUAGCAGCGGGAACGGUGUUCGGUUUCUUCGCCGCCAUCGCGUACGCGGUUGGCGCGCUUGUGUCGUGGUGGGAGUGCCGGCACCCGGAGUGGGACCUGCGCGGGCUCGGGGAGGAGGACUCGUGGCUGCGCGGGGGGACUCCGUGGUGGGCGCCCGAGAUCCAGGCCAAACGCCACCCCAGAGUCGUCAUCUCCAAGGAGUUCUACGCCACGCCUAUACCUGAACACUGUAGCCGCCAGAACACUCCCAGGAGCACCCCGAAAGUUCAGCCCAAACCCACGAGUCUGGACGCCCAGAACGGCCUACAACCGCUGCCCGAACAGAACAACGUCAACGAGGCUUCCCGGUAGCACGUUACACCUGCGCCCCCUAGCGGAAUUCGUACAAACUUGUCGGGCACCAACCUUUAUAUACAGAUACUGUAUAAGAAUGUAGAAGGAUACUGAUAUUGCAACACAUUGGUACCAAAACAAAAACCCUUCGUAUAAGUGAUGGACUUCUGACAUCCCAAUGACUAAUAGAAUAUGCAACUCGUUGAUUCUAUAUACUGUUAUUUGUCAUCAUAAUUUGUGCUUUUGUGGUCGCUUGAUAACUAUUAUUAAGUAUAUCCCUUUGACAAGUGCAUUGUAUUUCUAUUUUACUCUGCAAUGGUGCUACUAUAAGCAAGAAAAAUAAUAUUGCAGAGUAAGAACGUGCAAAUAACUGUAGAAUAAGCCAAACUCUCUAACCUAUCAUGUAGAUAUUGUGAACAUUCUAUGCUCUUUUUGUCCCAAUUUUUCAUAUUAGUGCAAUUAUACUCAGGAAAUGUUGGUUAGAAAGCACGCUAGUAAAACAUUAUUUUGUAUUAUGAAUCUUUCCGUUGGCAAGAUAGCCUGAUAUGUAAUUUAUACACUGUUAAACAGCUUUGUCUAAUGUGUUUUCCUUUCAGUGAAGAAUGAAAAAGUUACCAAGUUGGUAGCAAUAGUUGCCUU